AUCUUUGAAUAAUGCACUGUAUCUCAAGAGUCAUGCUACCACGGCGGAGAGAAAUCCUUGGAAGAGUGGAUAUGUAUUGAUGACAUUGUGGACAAUCCUUGCAAGCAAUAAUAGAACAACCCCAACCGCAAUAUAACAAGUGGAAACUCCAAUCCGGGACAAAGCCCCACUGCCACCGCCACCGCCACCGCCUGAGUAAAAGCACGAGAGUAAAAAAUGGCUGGAAUCUUAGCCAGACGAAUUAGUACUGGUAGAUUUAGUUCGUUAUUGGGGGUGCGAUGCAGUCCAGUUCAGCGGCAGUUGAACAACCCGGGCACCUACAUUUUCCCCCGGAGCUUCUGCUGCUUAGGGGUCUUACCCGACACCAUUAAUCGGAGCUCCGAAUCAUUCCUCAAGAACUCCCAGGUCAUGGAAGGCAUUAUAUCCCAACUUCACUCCAAUAUUCAGAGGGUUAUGGAGGGAGGAGGAGCGGAAGCCGUGAAGAGGAACCAGAGUAGAAAUAAGCUUCUUCCUAGAGACAGAAUUGAUCGCCUCAUCGAUCCUGGUUCUUCGUUUCUUGAGCUUUCUCAGCUUGCUGGCCAUGAAUUGUAUGAUGAACCAUUACCUUCUGGUGGGAUAAUUACCGGAAUUGGUGCGGUACAUGGUAAACUAUGCUUGUUUGUGGCAAAUGACCCCACUGUGAAGGGUGGAACUUAUUAUCCCAUCACAGUCAAGAAACAUCUCAGGGCACAAGAAAUUGCCUCACAAUGUAAACUACCAUGCAUAUAUCUUGUUGAUAGUGGAGGUGCUUUCCUUCCGAAGCAGGCUGAGGUUUUUCCUGACAAGGAAAACUUUGGUAGGAUAUUCUACAAUCAAGCUUUGAUGUCUGCAGAAGGUAUUCCCCAGAUCGCUUUGGUGUUGGGUUCUUGCACUGCUGGUGGGGCCUAUAUUCCUGCAAUGGCAGAUGAAAGUGUAAUGGUUAAAGGAAAUGGUACCAUAUUUCUGGCUGGACCACCUCUUGUAAAGGCUGCCACUGGAGAGGAAGUGUCGGCGGAGGACCUGGGAGGUGCUACUGUACACUGUAAGACAUCUGGCGUUUCAGACUACUUUGCCCAAGACGAACUACAUGCUCUUGCUAUAGGAAGGAAUAUCGUAAGAAACUUGCACAUGGCUGGAAACCAUAAUGUAUCUCAACACAGGACAUUUGAUUACAAAGAGCCACUGUAUGAUAUAAAGGAACUUCGGUCCAUUGCACCAGCAGACUUUAAGCAGUCCUUAGACAUUCGAUCUAUUAUUGCCCGUAUAUGUGAUGGAAGCGAAUUUGAUGAAUUCAAGAAACUGUAUGGCCCUACACUUGUAACAGGUUUUGCAAGAAUAUAUGGGGAGCCUGUGGGAAUAAUUGGGAACAAUGGUAUAUUAUUCAAUGAAUCUGCCUUAAAGGGGGCCCAUUUCAUUGAAUUGUGUACUCAGCGUAACAUUCCAUUGGUCUUCCUUCAGAAUAUUACAGGAUUCAUGGUUGGGUCUAAAUCUGAGGCAAAUGGUAUAGCUAAAUCUGGUGCCAAAAUGGUGAUGGCAGUUUCUUGUGCAAAGGUUCCCAAAAUCACUGUUGUUGUGGGUGGAAGCUUUGGAGCUGGAAACUAUGCUAUGUGUGGACGAGCAUAUAACCCUAACUUCAUGUUCUUCUGGCCAAAUGCUAGAAUAUCUGUGAUGGGAGGUGCUCAGGCUGCUGGGGUUCUGACGCAGAUAGAAAAGGCCAACAAGAAAAAAGCUGGGGUUCAGUGGACAAAGGAGGAAGAGGAAAAGUUCAAGGCUGAUGUUGUGGAGGCGUAUGAAAGAGAAGGCAGUGCUUACUAUUCAACUGCUAGACUUUGGGAUGAUGGGAUUAUUGAUCCAGCUGACACAAGAAAAGUCGUAGGCCUUUGUCUCUCUGCCUCCAUGAACCGUGGCCGAGAAAAUACCAAAUAUGGUGUAUUUAGAAUGUAAAAUUAAGGCUAUUGUUUUUCCCAAAAAAAAAAAAAAGAAAAAGAAAAUAAAAAGAACAUGCUAUCCCAGGAGAGGACGUUUUUACCUCCAAGGAUGCUGGUUUAGAGCUCUGAACCUGCAUAAACCAUACCGGACAGGAUGCAAGAUUACUUGAGAUGGAUGAAUCUUUUGACAAUUUGCCAAAAAAUGAGCUUUCUGAGUGUCCGUUUGGCGGAAUCCUGACUGUCAAUAUGCCUAUAUGCGACUAAUGAUCCUACUAUCUCACAUCGAUUGUGAGUGGUGUGUGUGUACUAUUUAAGGUCCUCAGUGUGGUCUGAAAGUCAGCAUGCCUCUUGGGUUGGGCUGUGGAAUAGCCUUAGGUAGUGUGUGUGUGUGUGUUAUCUGCAUUUGUUGAAAGACUAAUGAUCCAUUCAUCUUCUUGAUCAGAACAAGUCCAGAUGAUCUGGGACGGUGAUGACAGUAUCAACUAUCAAAAG